AUGGCCUACUCCAAUCCCCGCUACCUCCGCUCCUCCACCAAAGAUGACUUCAGCUAUGGCAGCUACAUGGCCUCUGCCAGCGUACACAUCUGCAUGGAUAGGUCGGCCUUUCCAAGGCCAGUCCAGCUGCUGUGCAUUCGCCCCAGGUGGUGGAUUUCUGGGUUCCGAGGGACAGCAUCCUCCACGCCAGACUCCCAGGGAGAGCGGGUCCUGGAGAGAAAGCACUUUGCUCCGCCUCCUCUUGGGGCUUCUGGGUUGGAGCACCUGUCUUGUGCUCAGAGGGGAGAACUGCUCCAGGGAUGCCUCCUAGCUGGCUGCUGA